AUGAGAAAGGAUACUCUCGCGAAUGGUGCGGAUCAGGAGUUAGCUGUGGAAACAAAAGAGACGCAGAUAGGAGAGAAGGCAAAGAAUCAAGGAGCGAAGAAGAAACCCUUGAACUCCAAACCAAGCAUGGCCGGAAGCUCCAAGCUGAGAACGGCCUCAGACCUCCCCUCCACACGUAAAUGUGGUGUAGCAAAAAGGGGAAUAAAACUUGGAGACAAUCCGAAACCACCAGAAAGUAAGGGUCCUGCAACUCUGAAAAAUGGGCAAAAGAAGACAUAA